GCCGCCGUCCUCAAUGUCUCCCCCGCGGGGAGGGGGCCGGCUUGGACCCGAGCGUGGCGGAGAGCCGCGCCCCUGGGCGGCCCCCCGACCCCCUCCACCAUGCGGACCGAGCCGGGAGACCCCGCCUCCGUCAACCUGUCGGUGCAGCAGGUCCUCAGCCUCUGGGCCCACGGCGCCGUGCUCAGGACCCUCACCGAAAUGUGGUACUGGGUUUUCCUCUGGGCCCUCUUCUCCUCACUCUUUGUCCACGGCGCUGCAGGAGUGUUGAUGUUUGUGAUGCUGCAGAGACAUAAGCAAGGAAGAGUAAUCUCCGUCAUUGUGGUCAGCAUUGGAUUUCUGGCCUCUGUAACUGGAGCAAUGAUUACCAGUGCAGCGGUAGCUGGCAUUUACAGAGUAGCGGGAAAAAACAUGGCCCCUUUGGAAGCCCUGGUGUUCGGGGUCGGACAGACGGUGUUGACAUUAAUCAUCUCUUUUUCGAGGAUCCUUGCUACCCUUUGAGGCUCUUGUGGAAACUCUUCACUUCUCCUAAGGCAAUCUCAUGAGGAAAUGCAGAAAAAAAGAGUCCCUGGAAAUGGUUUCUGUGCUUGGAGGAUAUGUGAUUGUGCAAGAGGAAGCACGUGAAUCUGCGGAUGUGCAUUUCAGAACUAGAGGACGAGUGCUGUGUUGGGGGGAAAAUGGAAAAACUACCCUCUGGUGUUCAAGUUGUUGCACUAUUGCACUGCACCUUAUGUGCCUCUGUCUCAGGCAAGGUGCACUCCAUACACUGUACGUGAAGCUACAAGAAAAAGCACCUUGUUUAGCUGCCAAUCAGGUUAACGGUGGAGAUGGAGGAGAAUUGUUGCUAACAGUGUUGCGAGCAAUCUACAGGGACAUCUCUGAGGAAUUGAUGCGUGCCAAACUUGAAUAUUUUUUAAUCAUGUGAUGGUUUGAAAGUGUAGAAUUAGCAGCGUGCUGUGAAUUUAUUUCACACCAAUUCAGGUAAAGUAGUGAGAUUUACUGUUUUCUAGCCGAAUCCCACCAAGAUUGCUGAGUGAUAGCUCAUUCAGUGUGGGAUGAAUGACUUGAUUUUGCAUAUUGAGCAUUACUGGAAUUUAGGACAGAGGCCCAGCUCUGCGUCAAGGACAUGGUGUAAUUUGGUUUAAUCAAUGGGAAAAUCCUUAAAGGGAAACGAGACCGUUUUAAAGAUUCCUACCCUAGUCACGUCAGUCGUUACCACCGGUGAAAUAAAGUUCUUUAAAUAUUUUUUUCAGACAUAUUUCCUAUCUGUUCAUGUUCAAAAGUCAAUCAUGGAGACGUAGAUUUUAUGGGUCACUUUAUAAUUUAAAUAAUGCCCUAUAAAUUUUGUAUUCAGGAUGUUUGAAAUGCAUGUUGCAUCCAUUAAGGCCUUUAAAGAAAAUACUUGUGUAUCUUUGAAGAGAAGCUCAUUAUUUUUCUAUCACCUUCAAGGAGUUAGCUUGGUACAGCAAAAGCUUGUUAUGAACAGAGGUUUAAAAAAGCAAAUCUUUUAUUCUGGAAUAUUGCCUAACUUGAAAGAGUUAUCUGAAUAGACUAGGAAAAAACAUUUGAGGACAAGCAGAGAGCCUGCUUUAGGAGAGAAACCAGAGUGUCACAAUUCUAUGGAACAAAAAGUUUGAGUUACAAGAGUUUAUCAGUAAGAUAAUCGAUAUGUUGUGAGAGCUCUACUUAACCCAAAACUGAGCUUCCACGCUUCGGUAUGUGGAGCUUCAGGUGUUUAGCUCUGAAAAGACAUAGUCCUUUGUUUUUCUUUUCAAGUUCACCAGGAAGUCUGGUGGUGUGCAUGUAAAAUUGUCUUUGGUGUAGAACAUUUUGAGAAAUGUUAGAAAUUGCUGUUUACAAGAGUGUGGAGAGUAAGAUGAGUGGGGUGGAAUAGAGGAUGCUUGAUAGCAUGCGGAAUCCGUGUAAAUAGAUCUAUGAAUAGCCAAGGCCUGGAGGGCACAUUUGGCAUCAUGAUACCCAAGCAAACCUUCCAUCCUUUUAUUUUAUUUUUUAUUUAUUUAUUUUUUCACUUUCAAAAGCACCCAUGGAAUGAUGUCAGAUUGAUAAAACUGUUUUGUUUCUCUUUGUCUUUUUUCUCCUGGCUUCAGAAGCCAUUUAGUUGAGAUCUGAUGCAAGUAUACUCCUCUAUUGUAGAAUUGCUCAUUAGUUUAGGGCUGCCGGAUUUGGAGAAUGAAGAUGGCCUUUUUAACAGAUAUAAAAGAAUAAAAAGCAAAUCCAUUUGGAGAACGUAACUAAUCCUGAAAAAAUCCUUUAAGCACUAUGGUAUAAGAAUCAUAUCAAGAGGAACCUUGGAAAAUUCGAUUUUUUGAGGGAGGUGAGGGCUUGAGAAUAGAAAUCAAUACAAGUGAUUUUAUUUUAAUCAUUUUUUAAAUUGUCUGUUUUUUGGUUUUCAUAAUGGGGAGUCUUUAUUGGCAUUCAGCAUUUGUCAGGGUUGAUAUCAAUGUGAGGUAAUGUCACUGCAUCAGAGUCAAUGUCAGUACCUUGAUGUUGACUCUGUAAUGUCUAUGCUGAUAUCUAUUGAACCAGCUUUCUCCUACCUUUGCCAGUUGUUUGUGAUUAGGCAUGAACCAUGGGCUGUAUUUCAUCCAUCUCUGGACUACGUUUUUUUGUCCAAUAACUGAAGAAGUAGAACUUGCAAGAAAGGGAGGAAAGAAAGAAUGGGAAGAUUAUCAGAUCUUACACUAAAAAUUGAAAAUUGAAUAUUUGAUCUAAUGGAUUUAUAUGAAAAUCGGAUAUUUUUUCCCUUGAAGAUGGAGAGAUUAAGUCCAAGUUAAACAUUCAUGCAAAACCUUGAAGAGAGCUCCCGCUUGUAUUAAAAAGUAAUCAGUUCUCUAAAAUUUUAGUAAUAGUCUUUUCCUCACUUUUUCAGGCUUUUGCUUAUUUCCCCUCCCCACCAAUCUGUUGGAGAUGGGGGGUGAGGGGGUAAACUUCUCCAUAAGAUUUAUGUUAGUGUUAACUAGGUUUUGCUUACAAAAACCAUAUUUGGUGGGGGUUUUCUUACAGUGUUGGGCUUCCUCCACGCACCCAGUAGCCGGGAUAAAUUCGUGAGCUUUCAGGGGCCAGGUUUUGGGGACUGGUGAUAUUGAAAGGAGACCGAAUUGGGGGCACGGUCGAGAUGUUGCUUCUGAACCCCCUCACCCUCCGGGAAAGUAGACAUGUCUGAACAUUCUUUGGGGAAGCCCAGCCCUGUUUUUCAGCUAACGUCUUUGAAUCCACACUUUCUGCCAAAAGACAAAAAUGUUAAGGUCAGUGUGUUACAUAAGGGCCUUGGAAGACAUCACUGAAUAAUAGGGUACAUUGAUGGAAAUAGCCUCUCAUUUGAAAUUUAAAUUAGAUGUGGUUGUUGCUUAGUUUUAAUCAGUCAAUGGUAAUUACUGGAUGCUUACUGUGUGCAGAGCGCUGUACUGAGUGUUUGGAAGAAUUGCAGUACAAGAGUUGGUAUACCCGCUCCCUGCCUACAAAAAGCAUACAAUCUCAUUUUAAAGGAAAAUAUGAUAGCCAUCCUAAGAAUUUUAGGGCUCAUUAAAGUGGUGACAGGAAUUUUGGUUUAGUUCUAGAUGGGAUAUUAAGGAACUCUUGAAUUUUAUAGGUACACAGUGAAAUAGUGCAUCAUGGAGUAUAUAAUUUGAGGCCUGUCUUCUUUAGUUCUGAAAGUAACAAAAAAACUGGUGAUUUCACCAAACCAAAAUUAUGAGCAUGUGGACCAAAGAGGGUCUGGUACUCAUUUUUCUCUGUAAUGUCAAAAUAGAAUUGUAGAGUAUUUUAAAAUAACUGAUUUACUGCCCCCAUCUCAGAACCAAAAUGUUUAGUAUGCUUUCCCCCCUCUGUUGUUUUUUUUUAUUUUGCUGUUCAGUCAAUUUGUUUCCUUUGUCUUUAGUACUUUAAAAAUAAUUUGUCUAUGCUCAUAAAUUUCCCUAAUUGCCAUUUUGCAUGUGCUGGCAGCUUAUUGGACAUCGCUGUAUACUGUAUCCAAAUUCAAUAUAACUGGCAUAAACAUCUAUAACUGCUUGACAGUAAUAUAGCCAAAACAUACAGACAAAUUUGAAAACUUUAAUUUUAGUAGCUCCCUAUUGGGAGGAUUUAUUUGAGCCCAGUCAGAUGAUCUAUAAAAAUUUUUUAUUUUCAAAAACAAUAGCAUGGAUUUUUAUUUGUAUUUUUUUGCUGGGGCAACAUUUACCCGAAUCAAACAUGCUCUGAGACCGUUCACCACUUGAUUUGCGGCGCAGUCAAUAUGAUUUAAUGAGAUUUUGGCCCUAGAGUACUUGAGAUGCGUGGCCAAGUUCAAGUACUCUAAAUGAGAUCCCCUGGCCAAAUCUACACCGGAAUGAGUGAUAUAUAUAUAUAUAUAUAUAUAUAUAUAUAUAUAUAUUUGAAAAAAAGAUUUUUUAGGAAAUAAAGUGUAGUUAGGAUCACAUAGGUGUGCAUCGGACAAACUGUAAUGUUUGCACCUCUGCUGAUGUAAGUGAGAUUUUGCCAUGCAGACAGGUCCUAUGCCUUGGGAACGAUAGCCUAUCUGCCUGCCCAGAAAAUCUUGGUGUGAACUCCUCGAUCGGAUUGACGGACUGCAUUUCAGGCUUCUCCUCCCUAGUUCACCUGUGGCCCCAGGGAAGUUGAGGGCAGGCUCCUGAGCAAAAAUGGGGUGAACGGGGCACAUUUGGUGGUUAGCAACCUUGAAGGGCUGUUGUCAAUUUGGACUGACUCCCAGGAAGAUUUAGGAGGCCCGAUCGAAGGGUCAGACUCAUGGUAAAAAUGCCAUCGGCUGAGCUCAGGUAACCAAAGUUGAGUUCUGGAAUGUGGAACUGACUCCCCAAAUCGCUAACGGCUACUCCCUCUGUUGGAGACUGGCUACCGAGUCAGAAAUUGGUAGUGCCAGGAAGAUCCCGGUUGUUGCUGUAGGAUUUUGCCAACCUACCGUUGGGUUUGCCCCCUGGAAGCGAGACCAGUGCAUCUGUAGACUGUGAGCUCUUUGUGGGCAGGGAAUGUCACAGUUUAUUGUUGUAUUGUACUUUCCCAAGCGCUUAGUACAGUGCUCUGCACACAGUAGGCGUUCAGUAAGUACGAUUGAAUGAAUCUGUAGGUGAAGUAAUGGGCAAAGUCAGAUUUAAGGAGAAAUUAGGCAAGUCCCCAAGAAAAGCCAACUGCAUCUAUUGCAAUUAACUGUUCUUAAACAUUCUGUAAGUUCCAUAUAUAUGACAGAGAAUCAUGUUGCUGUUUUUCUUCAUGCAUGAUUCGUAGAUUUCUCUGGCAUGGCGUGAGUAGGGUUUAUGAUAACCUUUUUGGAGUCAGUAUUGCAAAUGUUAACGGAGAUACAGAUGCCAUGUUCUGUUCCUCCUUUGCUGAUGGUCAGUGUUUUUUGUUUGUUUUUGUUGUUGUUGUUGCUGGUUUUUUUGGUUGUUUUUUUUUUUUUUAAAACUCAUGGAUAUCUGUUCUAUAUAGGGAAUGCAGUGGCCUCAGUGUAGUGGAGUUUGGCGGACAAUUGCCGAUGGAUUCGUUGUCUAAAUGUAUUAUAGUUAUCAACUUCCCUGCAUUUGUAUUAAGGAAGUAAUGUUUAAUUUUGGAAUAUUUCCAAUAUAGCGACUAGAUAUACUGGUUAAGAUUCCAUUAAUUUAGUGGAAACACUCAAAUUAAUGAAUUACUGACCUAUUAAUUAUCUUUUGCCCUGAGUUAAGGGACUUGAUUUCAUAUUUUCUGUGUACAGUGUACAUAUAUGGAACUUUAAACACUUUCUUGGUAUUACGAGUUAAUUUUGGUACCUGUUAAAAAUCCUGAACUGGAAGCUGUAUGUUGUAAUUUUAAAUGUAUGUAGCAUACCAUUUGGUUCCAAUAAUCAGGUGCUGGUUCAGAAGUGAUUUUUGUUGUUUUUUUUUUUAGCAGCCUUAUGGUUAUGUCGUUGUAGUUUUUAAUUUAAAUAUUGUAGGUAAGUCAAGAGUGCAUGAAUAACCUAUUUAUUAAAAAAAUUUAUAUAUUGCACCAGUAAAUGCCCUUGACGUUAACCUGAAUACAGCCUCUCAAGAGAAAAUAUUUAAGUAAAUAAAACAAAGAAUUUAGUGUUGAAACCUACAGAAAUAUACUAUUUCCAAUAGUGAUUUGAAUCCAACUUUCACUUUCAUAUCGUAAUUGUAUUCAUCUAUCUCCUCUACCAAGUAUUGAGCUGUAUAUAAAUUUCUUAGGUAAUCAAAUGAUUGCUUUCUUGAAGAGCCAAUUACAAUCACUCCUCAAACAUGCUUAAACAUUAACUUUUUUCUGCAUUGGUUUUAACCAUCCAAACUGAACUGUGAGUACUUUAUUUUAAGCUGAUUUGAGAAAGGAGUGUCUUAAGGACGAAAAGCAAACGAUACCAUUGUCAAGUUUCAUAGCUCUAAUGAAUGAUGCUUGUUUAGAUGGGAUUGGUUUAUUUUGGAUUGGAUUAAUUUGCUUUUUUGGGUUACACGUAGUUAUAAUGCCAAGGGCUUCAUUGAGCCGGUAAGAAGGGGCAAGGUUAGCCUUAAAAACAGGUUGGUUAGAUUUAAUUUUUUUUCUUGGUAGGGUCUCAUUUGGCUUGGAACUUCGCAGAAGUGACCAAAAGAAAGAUCUCACCAAGGACGAUUGGGCUUCCGUAAAGGCUGAGCUCAAGCCUACUUGGUUCAGAGUUAUGCAGUUAGGGCUGACUUUAAGGUAUUGAACCCCAAAUCCUUAAUAAAAGAUCUCAGUAGUAAUAAAAUGGUCUUGCCCAUUGUUGACUGUCUUAAGAGUGUGACGGUUGGCAGCUGACUUAGAAAUAAUGCUUCUGAAUUGUAAAAGAUUUUUCUCUUCACUCCCCAGGAAGCUUCAUUUUACAUCCUAUUCCUUUUAUUCUUGAAAAUGAUUAUGGAUUUUUUCUUUUUUUAAGGCAGGCAAUUUUAAAUAAGAUCUUCCAGAAAAUCCAGUUAGUGAAUUGAAGUCUGGGACAAGCUUUUUAUAUAACAUUUAUAGGUUUAUCAUCAGGGAUUCAUUUCUAUUAUAGAAAUACUUAAUGUACUGUGACGUUUGAAGAUGAGUGACAAAAUCACAAGGUAGUUUUUUGUUGUAAAAAUAUAUACUUGGUAGAAUACCCUAUAUUGUGUGAAGCUGUUCUCUCCUUCAUUUAAAACUAUAGCCUACUCUCUGUGGGUGUAUGUUUACUGCAUGUUUACAUGGUACAGUUUAGACUAAUUUGGAGGAUAAGGUAUGUUUAUGUAUACCUAACUGUAAAUAUUGUAUACUAUUGAUUUUUAAUUUUAUAAAAACAAUUUUUUUAUUUCCCAAUUCAUGUACAAACCUCAUUGUGAAUAUAACAUUAAUUUCUUGGAUAAUAAAAGUUUUGCAGUGAAUUUUAACUAGUUUAAUUGCAGUAAACAUCUUAGUCUGGUCUUGAA